CGCGUGGAGCAGCGGAGCAGUGGAGCGCCACCGGCUGCUCUGACCGGCCGGCGGGACGGCGAAGUUGGCGAAGAGCACUCGGCUUCCCCGCGCCCGCCAUGCGCCCCGGCUAGUGUCCCGCCCGCCGCCCGCUGCCCGCGGCCCGCCGCCCGCCGGCAUGCUGCGCCCGCUGCUGCUCGCCGCGCUCUGCCUGGCCGGGCCGCCCCCGCCCGCGCGCGCCUGCCAGCUGCCCUCAGAGUGGCGGCCGCUGAGCGAGGGCUGCCGCGCCGAGCUGGCCGAGAUCAUCGUGUACGCCAAGGUGCUGGCGUUGCACCCCGAGCCGCUUGGCCUCCACAACCACCUGCCCUGGCAGCACCAGGUCGGCUCGCCGGGUCUCUUCUACUCGGCGGAGGUCCAAAUGCUGUGCGACCAGGCGUGGGGCAGCAUGCUCGAGGUGCCCGCCGGCUCCAGGCUCAACCUCACCGGCUUGGGCUACUUCGCAUGCCACUCCCACACCGUGGUCCAGGGCUACUCCUACUUUUUCUUCCUCAGGAUGGAUGAGAAUUAUAACCUCUUGCCACAUGGAGUGAAUUUCCAAGAUGCCAUCUUUCCAGACACCCAAGAGAACAGAAGGAUGUUCUCCAGCCUCUUCCAGUUUUCAAACUGUUCUCAAGAGCAGCAGCUGGCAACUUUCUCUAGUGACUGGGAGAGCCAGGAAGACAGUCGGCUGCUGUGCUCCUCAGUGCAGAAGGCCCUGUUUGAGGAGGAGGACCGCGUCAAGAAGCUGCAGCAGCAGGUGGCCACGCUAGAGAAGCACAACAGGCGGCUCCGGGAGCGAGUGAAGAAGGUCAAGCGGUCCCUGCGGCAGGCGCGCAAGAAGGGCCGCCACCUGGAGCUCGCCCACAGGAAGCUCAGCCAGAAACUGGUGGCUGAAACCCUCCCCAACAGCAACACCCUGCGAGCCUUGCCUGCGGGCGCCCCCUACCAACGGGGGUAGCGUCGCCUCUCCGGAGAAGUGCGGGCCUGUGUACUUGCACUGCAGAUCUAGUAGAAGCAUUGGGUGGGGAGGAGCUUUGCUAUUCCCUGGGCUGCUGGUGCCAGAGUUUAGGGAAGGAUGGGACCUGCCUACAAAGAAUGUUUAGAGUAUCAACUCUAAGCUCAAGGACAACAGCUUGAGCCAGUCAUAGGCCCUAUUUGGCCAUGUUUUUGCUACAGCCUGGGGAGGGGCUUGCAAAGCACUCAGAAUGCCUUUAACUGGGACCCUCCCCCACCACGGACAGCUUUAUUCCAGACAGCAGCUUGCCACAGCUAAGGUGCUUAGGGUUUAGUGAGCGCCCCACAAGGGAGAGGGGCCAACUGGCAGGCUGGCUCCUUAGAGCUGAGCUGUCCCCACUGAUCGCUCCGGGAAUUGACAGUAGGACCCCGGACCCCUGUGUUCCUGCAGGCAGGAGCACAUGCUGAUUGCUCAGCCCUGGUGUCCAAGGUGAGCCAACUCCCAACACUGUUGGUGUCUGUUCUGCAAAGACUCCUCCUCCAGGUGGUUCCAUCUCUACCCCUACCCAAGGGUCCAGUCUGCACAUAAGGAAAGCAUUUGGAAAGAACCCUUGAAAAACAUUCCAAGUCAGUUGAUAGUCUUCCUGGCCCUCCAAACGAGUGUCCUUCAGGGAGCAGGAAAAGGAUGACUCAGGGCCUUGUUCAUCUUAAGGCACGUGGUGAGUUAACUUCUGGGCUCGCUUGGUAGAGUGCAUGAACCAUGUGUAAGGAUCUGAGUCCAAGUCUUCCUUUCUCCCAAUCUAAAGAAAUGGCUGCCAGGAGUGGUGGAGCUGUGCAGGCACUUAACAUAGUGAUGUGACCCUGGGGAAAAUGCAGGCCUCCCUGAUGCCAUUUGCACCCCCCCCCUUGCCCUGGCAUCACUGUGGGACAUGGGCUACCUGCCACUCAGGUGCUGGGAUGGGUGAAAGGGAACUUCUGCUCCAGGACAGCUUUUCUUCAAGCUUCUACCUUUAGCUCUGCCUCUCUGCGGGUUCAAUAGGAAGUGCAGCCUCUGGGGGCCUAGAUUGCACCCAGGGAACCAGCCUGCUGGUGGCUGAUGUCUGGGGCAGGGGGUUGCUCUCUGCAGGAGGUUCUGUGUUUUCACCACAUCAGGAUGCCAAGCAUGUUUCUCCGGGGCCUGGGGAGCUUUCAGGCUUUCCAGCUGGGUCUGAAAGAGCAGUCCAGGUCUCUCAGAGAAGGGCUCUGCAGGUAAGAGUUGGGAGACUUCAAGCCUCUUCUGUCCCCGAGGGGAUGCCCCCAUCACUCUUGGGCCUAAUCUGCUAUGCCUGACACAGCCAUUAUUCUGUCCCUCUUUGGGUUAGUCGCUGGGUUCCCGGAACCCCAAAGUCACAUAAUAAGUAGGAGGUACAGAGAAUCCGGAAUCUUGAAGCCCUGGAUUCAAAUCCCAAGCUGCCAGUAUGAAGGCCCUGCCUGGGACUCCCAUCUGGAAUAUGGGCUGUGAAUUCAGUUCCGGGCCCAGGACAGAUUGUUUUUAAUUGCCACCAGGGUUAUCCCUGGGUCUCAGUGCUAGCACUACAAAUCCACUGCUCCCAGUGGCAAUUUUUUUUCACAGGUCACAGAGAAAGCCACCUGCAGACCUGUGUCACCACUUGUGAACAUCCCCUCCUGCAGCUGGGGGUUGGGGGCUCAAACUGUGUUCCUUGUGCACAGUAUGGCUGAGCCACAUGUGUGUUCAAGCAGAUGCAUCCCCACCCCUGGGCCCAGUUCUUAUCCUGUGAAGUUUCAAAGCAAAGUCAAGCAUGCCCACCCUCCACCCCACUUACCAGCAGGAAGCCAGGGCCCCACAAGGGGGAUCUGCCCUUUCUCUACAACAGGGGCCACUGGCCAGGACCUCAAGUUCAUCUUUACCCCCUCAAAGGCUGUGAGGGUCACUGAAUGAAUGUACUCAUAGGUUUAGCCUGGCAUGUGGCUGUUAUAAAUAUUCAACAACCAGUACUUAAAAUAGGCAAGGAUUAUACACAUUCACCAAAAAGCCUCAAGGCAUCUCAGCAAUAGAAUUAAAGUUCUGUGUAAUUUUUUUUAGGGGGAGUCAAUAUGUUUUAAAUUCUUUUCCAACUGCCUCACACCACCUGGGAAAUACUUCCCGCAGAGUGUGACGCCUCUGUCUCCAGGACUUUGCUCUCCCUCCUGCCCAGUUUGGGGUCAGACCAUUUCUCUUGAUGUCAUUUUGCUCCUCUUAGAACCUGCUUCCCCCAUCCACCGUUCAGCAGAUACACUGUCUUCCUCUCUCUUGAUUUCUCUCUGUUUUACCCAACAAUAACAAUGGGCAACAAUAGGAAAAAUAUACACAUUAAAAAAGCACACAGUGGAUGUGAAGAGAUACUUCCCCAAA